AUGACCGACGCAGCAGUCGACACCGCCGUCGACGUCUCGGCCUCGACCGAAAUCGCCGCCGCCAUCGACUCGGCGCCCUCCAUCCCAACGCCCUCCAAGGCCCCGAUCGGCGCAGUCCUCGCCGCCGUGCCCUCCAACGCCGACGCCUUCGCCGCCCACCUGCUGCGAUGCAUCCAGACCCGCGCCGGCGCCGACGCCGUGCUGCAGUUCCUCUGCUACUUCUUCAAGCUGUCCGGCUCCGUGCUCGAGACGCUCAGCCGCAACGCGCUGCGCCAGUCCGCCCAGAAGCUCGUCGCCAUGGCCUUUCAGCUGCCGCCCGCCACGACGGUGGUGCUGUCGUCCGCGCCAGCGCCUGCCGGGGCAGCGUUUGCGCUGAGCCUGGCGAAUAAUUUCAAGGCGCUGUCGGGAGUACUGAGCGAGGCGCGGACGAUCAACCGCCUCUGGGGUCUUCUGGGUCUGUAUUUCGGGCUUAAGAGGAUCGUCGCGAGGAUGCGCCCGAAGAAGGUCGAAUCCGAGAAAGAGGGCUCGGUGGCUGUUGUCGAGUCGGCGGCUCCGUUCGAGACGAUCUUCUCCCUCACUCAGAUCGUCACCCUCAUCCUGUUCCAAGUCUUUGAGAACCUGGCCUUCCUAGGCAGCAAAAAGGCCAUCGACCUCAAGCCCGCCACGAUGGGCAAGUUUGGCCUCCUCAGCGUGCGAUGCUGGGGCACAUACGUCUUCAUGGAGCUCUCCAGGCUGCUGGUGGAGCGCGUCCGCAGCAACCCCGAAGUCAAGACUGCCGCUUGGGCAAAGACGUGGAACAAGAGCUUCUUCCGCAACUUGGCGUGGGCACCGUUGACUGUCCACUGGAGCAUUCCCGGAGGAGGACCUUUGCCCGAUGCGCUGGUGGGCUUGCUGGCCAUGUACCCGUCGACGGGACAGAUGGUUGAUCUGUGGCGAGAGACGGCAUAA